AUGGAGACCACCAACGCAAGGAAUGUAGAUGAGUCAGAAUCUUCUAAUGCCAGAAUAGAUCGGUUAGAAAGAAUGGUGGAAGCUUUAACUGGGUUGGUGAGACAACAACAAGAGCAAAACCAACAACAACAGAGACAACCAUUUCCGCCUCCUCCUCCGCCACCUGUUCAAAUGGAACCGAUCAAUAAUGAUGACAUCAUCACUCUGACACAAAAAUACAAGACAAUGAAACCACCAGAAUUCUCAAGGGGUAUUGAACCGUUAAAAGCGGAGGCAUGGGUGCUUGAAACUGAAAAGAUCUUUGAAGUGUUUCCGUGCACUGACGCGUAUAAAGUUCUGUUAGCAACAUUUACUCUGAAAGAAGAAGCUAGAAGUUGGUGGAUGCUCGUUCGAGAUGAGCAUAGGGACUUGACAUGGGAUCAAUUCAAAGAAAUGUUUUAUGAAAAAUACUUCCCACAAUGCCUUCGAGAUAAGAAGGUAUCUGAAUUUGAACAGUUGAAGCAAGGUACAAUGUCAGUAGCGGAGUAUGAAGCUAAAUUUACUGAAUUAGCCCGAUAUGCUCCUCAUAUGUAUGUUGAUGUACUUGAAAGGGCCUUAAUGUCUGAAGCAAAUAUUGCUACCUUGAAAAUGUCCAAGUCAACAAUAACGACUGAAGGAGAAAGUAAGAAAUUCAAGAAACAGAAAGUGGAAAUGGUUAGUGAAUCAAUGACCUCCAUGAAUGAGAAUUUGAACUCAAGUAUUGGUGAUAAUACAAAGAGGGGAAGUAGUGGAAGUGUUGGUAUACCCACUUGUAGGGAAUGUGGGAAGCAGCAUUGGGGCAUUUGCCGCCGCGUAUCUGGAGCUUGUUUCAAAUGUGGAUAG